UGUCGACUUCGGUAGGUUAGCCCCGGCAUGAUCCACUCGCCAUAGACAUGGACCAGCUCUGAUUAGCAAUUAUUUUCGCCACCGAGCCGUUUCCCCUCACCGACGAGGUUGACGUUUGAAGAAGAGUGAGAUUGGAGGAGAAAAGCGGAGCUUUGCCCCCGCAGGAUGAGAAAAGCGGAGCUUUGCCCCCGCAGGAUGAUCUGUGUCAAAAUACAGCUCGCGCGUCUAUGGACCUGACUCACGAGACAUGAUGAACAGUUGAGCUCGAGCUGUGUUGUGGCGCCGCGCAAAGUAUCUCGUCAGUCAGGCAGUUGACGGGAUGAAGAAAAAUCGUGUGUUUGUUUUUGUUAUGGCUGAGAAAACUCCGGAAUGCUAACGUAUUAGUUUACAGAGAAGAGAGAAACUUGAAACUGCGGCUAACAAGUUGGAAACGCCGCGCUAUUCAGCGUAAUGGUGAACUGUCCUUAUAAUCUCACAUUGACAGAUACGAGCCCGGCGAGUAUAUUUACACAUUGUUUUUAAACAGUUACGUAAUUUUUUGUAAACCCGAAAGGCGUUUAUUUUGCGGAUGUUGUCAAACUUUAUCAGCAAACAGCUAACGAGUUCCGCCGGUUGAUUUGCCGCGCUAAAACCGCAUAGUUCAUGUAAAACUGAAUACAAAACAGUAUUGACUAGAUAACUGACUGGCUAUGAUUCCAAAGCUGUCAUGGCAACUCGGGUUGUUACUUAAGCUCGAGAGAGCAACACAAAACCCACGGUGUCGAAACUGCGCUCACCAUUGAUUCUGCCUUUGUGCUUGAGGAACAAAGUUGAGGAGAGGUUUGCUCACCAUGUAUCAGAGCAAAGCUUGUUUCACCAUCUAAAUGCACUGACCACCGGAUUCUAACACCGAUAUAUUACUAUUGUAGCGUAUUACUCAACCCCCAUCCAUCAGAAUGAAGAGAACUGAGAGCAAAAACAAAAGGAAACUCUGCACCUUUGAGCAGCAGGAGAGCAGCACUGAAGGAAAAGACGAGGAGCUGCCUGCGCCGCCUUCUCUGCUGAUCAGGAAGCUGAGUAACCCCGACCUGUCUCCUGCUGCAGGAAAGACCAAACUGCAGUGGCAGCUCAGUCAGGAUGACACCAGAGCCCGACGUAGCAGUAUGGCUGGCAUCCUCACUGGAAAGCAGCUUCUGCCUCUGUCCAGCAGCAUGCAUGGUGGAGUGAGUCAGCUGGCCUGGCAGCAGCAGGCAGGAGAACCCAAUAACUUGGUCCGCAUGAGGAGUCAAUCCUUUGGCCAGUCUGCCCCCUCUCUCACUGCGGGACUGAAGGAGCUGAGUCUUCCCAGAAGAGGCAGUUUCUGUCGGACCAGCAACAGAAAGAGUUUGAUAGUGACAUCCAGCACCUCUCCUACUCUGCCUCGCCCCCAUUCACCACUGCACGGACACCCAGGAAGCAGCCCAUUGGACAGCCCACGUAAUUUCUCUCCAAACACUGCAGGCCACUUCUCUUUUGUGCCAGCUCGCAGCCAUGGACACAGGGCUGACAGGACGGAUGGUCGUCGCUGGUCUCUCGCCUCUCUGCCAUCCUCUGGCUAUGGAACCAACACCCCAAGCUCAACAGUCUCGUCAUCAUGUUCAUCUCAGGAGAAGCUGCACCAGUUGCCCUUCCAGCCCACUGCAGAUGAGCUGCAUUUCCUCACCAAACACUUCAGCUCAGAGAGCAUCACGGAUGAGGAUGGGAGAAGAGCUCCAGCCAUGCGGCCACGCUCCCGCAGUCUCAGCCCUGGACGCUCACCCAUAUCAUUUGACCAUGAGAUCGUCAUGAUGAACCAUGUCUACAAGGAGCGUUUCCCUAAGGCUACUGCUCAGAUGGAGGAACGGCUGGCUGAUUUCAUAUCCUCCUCAGCUCCUGACAAAGUCAUGCCUUUAGCUGAUGGCGUCCUGAGCUUCAUCCACCACCAGGUCAUAGAAUUGUCUCGGGACUGCCUGGACAAAUCCCGUGAGGGUCUCAUUACCUCCCGCUACUUCUACGAACUACAGGAGAACUUUGAGAAGCUACACCAAGAUGCUCAUGAGCGUUCAGAAAGUGGGGAGGUGACAUUUGUCACCCAGCUGAUUAAAAUGCUGAUGAUAAUCAUCGCCCGACCCGCUCGUCUGCUGGAGUGUUUGGAGUUUAAUCCAGAGGAGUUCUACCACCUGUUGGAGGCUGCUGAAGGUCAUGCUAAAGAAGGUCAGGGCAUCAAGUCUGACAUCCCUCGAUACAUUAUCAGCCAGCUGGGCCUCACCAGGGACCCCCUUGAGGAAAUGGCCCAGCUGAGCAGCUAUGACAGCGGUAACCCUGAAACGCCAGAGACAGAGACAGAUUCCACAGAUAGUCGAGGACCCACCGUACAACCACUCCAGCCUCAGCCUCAACCCAAAACUAAAACUCCACGUGAGGAAGACUUUGAGACCAUUAAACUCAUCAGUAAUGGAGUCUAUGGGGCUGUGUUUCUGGUGAGGCAUAAGGAGACCCGUCAGCGAUUUGCCAUGAAGAAGAUCAACAAGCAGAACCUGAUCCUGCGAAACCAGAUCCAGCAGGCCUUUGUGGAAAGAGAUAUCCUGACAUUUGCAGAGAACCCUUUUGUUGUCAGUAUGUUCUGUUCUUUUGAGACAAGGAGACAUCUUUGCAUGGUUAUGGAGUAUGUGGAGGGUGGAGAUUGUGCCACUUUGUUGAAGCACAUUGGGGCUCUGCCUGUGGACAUGGUACGCAUGUACUUUGCUGAGACUGUUCUAGCACUGGAAUACCUUCACAAUUAUGGCAUUGUGCACAGAGACCUCAAACCUGACAAUCUGCUGAUUACAUCAAUGGGACACAUCAAACUGACAGACUUCGGCCUGUCCAAGAUUGGUUUAAUGAGCUUAACAACCAAUCUAUAUGAGGGCCACAUUGAAAAAGAUGCCCGUGAAUUUCUGGACAAACAGGUGUGUGGUACUCCUGAAUACAUAGCUCCUGAAGUCAUUCUGAGGCAGGGCUAUGGAAAGCCAGUGGACUGGUGGGCCAUGGGAGUUAUCUUGUAUGAGUUUCUCGUGGGAUGUGCUCCCUUCUUUGGGGAUACGCCUGAGGAGCUGUUUGGACAAGUCAUCAGUGAUGAGAUAAUCUGGCCAGAAGGUGAUGAAGCUUUGCCUCCAGAUGCUCAAGAUCUCAUCUCCAAACUACUGCGGCAAAACCCUCUGGAGCGUCUGGGAACAGGGAGUGCGUUUGAGGUGAAACAGCACCGUUUUUUUACUGAUCUGGACUGGAACAGUCUCCUGAGGCAGAAGGCAGAGUUCAUUCCUCAGCUGGAGUCGGAGGAUGACACUAGCUACUUUGACACACGCUCAGAUCGGUAUCAUCACGUGGACUCGGAGGAAGAGGAUGACACAAAUGAUGAUGACCAUCUGGAGAUCCGUCAGUUCUCCUCCUGUUCACCACGAUUCAGCAAGGUGUAUAGUAGUAUGGAGCGUCUUUCCUUGCAUGAGGAGAAGCGCACCCCUCCUCCCACUAAACGCAGUCUGAGUGAAGAGGGAGGAGAGCGUAUCGACAGUCUUAGUGGCCUAAAGUCUCGAGACCGGAGCUGGCUGGUGGGCUCACCUGAGAUCCUAAGGAAGCGACUCUCUGUUUCCGAGUCAUCUCACACCGAGAGCGACUCCAGCCCACCUCUGACCGUACGUCGCCGCUGCUGCUCGGCCAUCAUUGAAAUGCCUCGAUUCGCCAUUUCCAGCGAAGAGGAUGGUGGUGUGGGGGGCAGGAAGACCCAUGUGAGGGGACCUCGGGGGGAAGAUCUGCCUCAGGCCAUACCAGAGCUCCCUGUGGAGAGAGAGCUCAGACUGGAUGAAUCGCCAACCACACCAGGCUCCACUUCCAGACAGAUCAGCCAUUCCACACUCACACCUGGUGGUUCUGGUGAUGUGUUGGAUCGAGCUUCUCGCUACAGUGCUGAAGGAUCUGAAAACUCCACUCCUAAAGCCAUCAGUGAUUUAGCAGCUCGUAGAGCUCGCCACAGACUGCUGUCAGGAGAUAUGGAGAAACACACGUCACGCCCACUUAACAAAGUCAUCAAGUCCGCUUCAGCAACUACACUUUCACUCAUGAUCCCUGCUGAUCACCAUGGUGCCUCUCCUUUGGCCAGUCCGAUGUCCCCUCAUUCUCUCUCGUCCAACCCCUCAUCACGUGACUCCUCGCCUAGCCGAGACCUCUCCCCAGCCAUCUGCAGUGUCAAACCCGCCAUAGUCAUUCACCGAGCCGGCAAGAAAUAUGGUUUCACCCUGCGUGCCAUCAGGGUUUACAUGGGAGACACAGACAUUUAUACUGUGCACCACAUGGUCUGGCACGUGGAGGAUGGGGGACCUGCUCAUGAGGCUGGACUGAAAGAGGGAGAUCUCAUCACACAUGUUAAUGGAGAGCCUGUCCAUGGACUCGUGCACACAGACGUUGUAGAGCUCAUUCUCAAAAGUGGCAGUAAGGUGUCCAUUUCUGCUACGCCCUUUGAGAAUACAUCUAUUAAGGUUGGCCCUGCACGCAAAACCAGCUACAAGUCCAAAAUGGCACGGCGCAACAAAAGAACCAAAACCAGAGAAGGACAAGAUAGUAAGAAGAGAAACUCCCUGUUUCGUAAGAUCACCAAGCAAGCGACCCUUCUCCACACCAGUCGUAGCCUGUCCUCUCUGAACCGCUCAGUCUCAUCAGGUGAAAGUGUCCCAGGGUCUCCCACGCACAUGUCCCCUCGUUCACCCACGCAGGGCUGUCGUUCCACUCCUGACUCUGCCCACUCAGUUGGUGGGAACUCAUCCCAAAGUAGCUCACCUAGCUCCAGUGUGCCAAACUCUCCUGCCAGUUCUGGACAGAUCAGACCCAGCUCUUUGCAUGGUCUGGCUCCCAAACUGCAGCGCCAGUACCGCUCCCCCCGCCGGAAGUCCGCAGGCAAUAUCCCCUUAUCCCCUUUGGCACGUACACCGUCACCCACCCCUCAAAACACCUCCCCACCACGUUCUCCUAAACUCCACUCUUCACCUCCAUUAGUAAGACAGAUAUCCCGCCCAAAGAGUGCAGACCCUCCUCGCUCUCCUCUGCUCAAACGUGUCCAAUCAGCUGAGAAGCUCGCAGCCUCUCUUUCUUCUUCAUCCUCGUCUCCUUCUCCAUCCUCUACUGCUGAUAAAAAGCUACCAGUUGGUGCCAGCCGCAAACACAGUCUUGAUACCUCACAUUCAGAUUUUAAAAAAGAGAUGAUGCAGCGAGACCCCAGUCUACAGAGCCUGCAGGAGUCAGCCAGUGAGAAUCUAAUGGGAGGAAGAGUGUCCCCUGCAGAAAAGGGCAGCCUGCAGCCUUCAGUUCGUAAACUGGGCAGGCAAGAAGGUCCUGAGUCUGGAACUGGAACUCUGGGACUUGUUCCUGGGAAGAGUAAACUGAAAGACAAGCUGUCUGCCAUACGCCAGGAUCGAGCUGAGCGCCGCGAGUCUCUUCAAAAGCAGGAUGCCAUCCACGAGGUGGACUCCUCAGAGGAUGAGACAGACGAAGGGUCGGAAGAUAGCCAAGAUGGACGCAGGACAAGCUAUGUUCCUCCUAGCCAUGUCUUGAGGCCUACAACUGUAAUGGCCUCUCCCCAUACCAUCAGGAUGGGACCAGCAGCUCCACCAACACUGGGACUGACGCCCUCAAUGGUUGCACCCCCAGGCUUACCUCAGCCCAGCCGAGGACUGCAGAUACAAAGCCAAAGUACCACUCAAUCUCAGACACAAACUUCAACCUCACCGUCAAUGCAAGCUGCAGUCAAGCCCCCAGAACAGAAUCCUACAACCUCUAUUAUGGCCCAAGACUCCAGUUCAACACUAGCUGAAGAGUCGAAAAAGAAAGACUUAAAGGCACAGGACUCUCAAUCCAGUGUUAGGCCUUCUCCACCUCAACUCAGCCCUCUGUCCAGCACCUUUUCCACCCAUGGUAGCGCCUUUACCUCUGUUAGCAAAGACCCAUUCAUCAAACCCACCACACCUCCGUUGGAUCCCCAGAGGACCCCCAAAACUUCUGAGCCCAGGUCCAAAACCAGUGGUAAAAUGGAUCCUAGCACUGCUUCUGGAGUGACGAGGGAUAUCCCUGUUGCUACCACACCAACCGGAGGCAUCACAAAGGAGAUGAAGGAGGCUGACAACCGCAGACAGGCUGCAGCUGCCUCUCCAUCCACUGCCUCUGAGAGCGGAAUGGACAAAGUUGUGUCUCAACUGGCCACAGUGGCUAAGAGUGUGCUUGGCCCUGUCAAACUCAACAUCCCAGGUACUAAAGAGGCCUCAGAGCGGACAAAGGACCAGCAUCCCCAGACAGAUCCCACCCACCCGAAAAUAAAAGAAUGUUGCCUGGAACGUCCUGAUUCUCCUGACUCUUUGAGUCCGUCUGCUGCUUCUGGCUCCCAGUCUCAACGGCUGACUGAAUCUCCCUCUAAACAAACGUCAUCCAAAUCUGAGCCAGCCUCAACUUCUCAGAGAUCUUUGGAGGUCCAAGGGACUUCCAAAAGGCCAACUGCUCCAAACUCCCAAGCCGGGGAAGAACAUCAGGAGAAACCAGGGACUCCGCGAAGUGGCACCACACCAAGGCCAAGGUCUGAAGCACAAUCUCAGGCCCAGGCAAAGUCUAGUUCCACUAUUUCAAGAGACAAAUCCAACAAGACAACGUAGCAGCCUUGCAGAAAGACCCAUUUUCUCCAGCUUUAAUUUAAAUUGCCUAUGACUGACAGAUACACACUGUAACACAUGGCAGUUGUCCUGUUUAAUGUCAGUAUUCAUAUGAAAAGAUUGUGGAAAGAUAAGACAGAGGAAGAGAUGGAGGUGUUUACAGAUGAGCCCAACAGCUUUAUUUCAAAAUGUUUUAUGCUCUGCCAUUCACUAAAUAAUUGAAUUGCUUCGAAUUGUUUUGCUUUUCUUGUUCCUCCUUUUAAAGUAUUUUUCUCAGCAGCUAGAAAGCCUAGAAAAAUGCUUGGGUCUGGGCCCUGAGAGACAGAAACCGUGUCCACUUACAGUAUAUUACCUCUUCAUAUUAUCCUUAUAUUACUUUAAGAAUCUUCUCUUGUAGUAGGUAUAGUUGUGCCUUAAAGCAACAUCUCAACAUUUCACGUAUUUCUUUCUGCCUGUUCAUUUUUAGAGGAAGACAUAUCGCAGCAAUAAGAGUAGCGUAUCCUGAGCAAUUUUCACAAACACACAAAGUUUAUUUCAUCACACCUGUAGUAUAAAGAAUAAGUAAUAUAUAGAGAAACCAAACUGUGUUUUCCUUCUUUUCUCACUUGCACUUGUUUCAGCUUUUAAUUGUGUCGAACAGCUGUGUGAUGUGUCUAUGAAAAUUCAACUUGAGAUUUUCCCUAUGGCACAGCCGUCACUAAUGUAAUGUGUAUAUGGUAGCUGAAAUUUGGAUGUAUAAUGCAGAAGAAUGGUGGCCAAUAAUUGCAUGAAUUACAUCCAAUCAGAAUUAAAGAUGUUAUUAGAAAUGAUUUGGAAUUACUCUGUAUAAUAAAUCAUGUGAUUUUUGGCCAUCAUUCACAUCCCACUAAAGUUAUGUCAAGGUACAUAGCUUAGCUAAAGACAUUACUUGUAACUUGCACAUCAUUAUGUCUAGACCGUGUUUGGUUUUGUCUCUGUUCAAGCGGACCAUUUUAUUUCUUCUUCAGCUUGCCUGUUUUAUUUUCUCUUUCUCUUUUAAUAUCUGGACCAAUUAGCUGUUGUCUCUGUAUAUUUGUUUGCUUUUUUUUUUGUUUCGGCAGACUUGUAUCUGGAGUUUGUGUGUGUGUGCGUGUGUGCCUGUGUA